AUGGUCGACAAGCGCCCCGCCGCCGAGGCUGCUGCUGGCGAUGCGAAGCGCGCGAAGCAGGCCGACGCCAUUGCCGCCGCCAAAGCAAAGGCGGCCGAGAUUGCGGCGCGUCUGGCUGCGCGCAAGGCAGAGGCGAAUGGCGCAUCCCCCGCAGCACCUGCGCCCGCGGGCACCGAGGACAGGCUGGCAGCGCUCAAGGCGCGCAUGGCGGCUAUGAAAGCGGGCAGCGGCGCCGCAACACCGGCGAAGCCUGCCACGGCAGAGCCCGCGGGCCCGCGGUUCGCGACAACGCUGGGCAACCGCCGCCCCGAGACACCGGCCGUCGAGCCGAAGCCCCAGCCCGCCGCAGCGAAGCAAAAGGACGACCGCGAUGCAGACGCCUUCAACCCAUACUACGACCCCAAGGCCGCCAGCCAGCCGGGCGCGCGGACACGCGUGUCCAAGCCGCUGCAGUUCAACGAGCAUGGAAAGUACCUCGACCAGGCGUCGAAGCUGCGGGCGCAGGGCCGGCUGGAGCAGAUCAAGAGGAUGCUCGCCAAGCAGGCGCGCCGCGCCGGACUCGACGAGAACAGCGAGCGCGGCUUCUUGGUCGAGCAGCCGCCUGACAUUGAGUGGUGGGACGAGGGCCUGCUGAAGGACAAGACGUACGACUGCCUCGGCGAGGGCGACAAGGUCAUUGUCGACACGGACGACUCCAUCGUCACCAUCUACGUGCAGCACCCGCCGCUGCUAAAGGCACCGCAAGACCAGCGUCUGAUCGAGAUCAAGCCGCUGUACCUGACGCCAAAAGAGCAGGCAAAGGCACGGCGCAUGCGUCGCGCAGAAGACCUCAAGGAGAAGCAGGCCAAGAUCCGGCUCGGGCUCGAGCCGCCGCCACCGCCCAAGGUCAAGCGCGGGAACAUGAUGCGCGUCAUGGGCGAGCAGGCCAUUGCCGACCCGACGGCCGUCGAGAUGCUCGUCGAGCAGCAAAUCGCACAGCGCGAGAACGACCACGUCGACGCAAACCACGAGCGCAAGCUGGACAAGGACGAGCGCCACGCGAAGCUGGAGAAGAACCAGGAAAAAGACGCCAGCAAGGGCCUCUACCUGUGCGUCUUCAAGGUCAACACGCUCGCCUACGGCAAGCACCGCUACCAGAUCGACAUGAACGCCAAGCAACACGCCCUCACGGGCCUGACCGUCUUCAAUCCGGAGCUCAACCUGGUCAUUGUCGAGGGCGGCCUGCACUCGAUUGACAAGUACAAGAAGCUGAUGCUGCAGCGCAUCAAAUGGUCCGACAACGGCGAGCCGACCGAGACCCAGAUUGAAAAGACGGCAAACGACCCCGAGUGGAUGAAGAGCUUCGACGCCCACGGCAACCUCAAGGACCACUCCCACAACAAGUGCUCCCUGCUGUUCGAGGGCGAGGUCAAGCGCCGCGCCUUCCGCAAGUGGGGGUCCAAGAUGUGCGAGACGGCCGGCGAGGCACGUGAGGUCCUCGCACGGAGCAAGCUCGAUAGCCUGUGGGCCCUGGCCAAGAGCAUCGAGUGA